UUGUUGGACGUUAAAGAGAGGGGUGUGGAGAAGAUGGGUCCGGCUUCGACCCUGAGAAAGCAAGUUCUCACCUUAACCGAAACCGCCGCUUCCAGAAUACGGCAGCUGUUGGAACAACGACAACGCUCAUUUCUCAAGCUUGGGGUCAAAGCUCGCAGUUGCAACGGCUUAUCUUACACCCUUAAUUACGCAGAUGAAAAAGAGAAGUUUGAUAAGAUAUUGGUUGAUCCGAAGGCUCUCAUGCAUGUCAUAGGAACCAAGAUGGACUUUGUCGAUGACAAACUGAGGUCAGAGUUCAUAUUUAUCAAUCCAAAUUCUAAAGGGUAGUGUGGCUGUGGAGAAUCGUUCAUGACCAUGAGCAGGGAAGAAGCCACCAAAAGAGGUGUU